AUGUAUCACUCACAGCGACAACCACCGUCGCUAAAGCGAUCGAAUUCCAAAGAGAGCCAGAAUAGCUAUGGUAGUGCUGCGACUACGGUGUCGCGCGCGAGUUCGAAACUGCUGUUUGGAGAGAUUCCAUUGACGCCGGCGACGACGGCGGAUGGUCGAUCAAUUCGCUCAAAUGGUUCCAUUUGUAACCUGGUUCUUUCUACAAGUUCAGUCUUCUUGCGCUUCUGGCUUAAUGAUGCAUGCCGCGAUAAUUUGCUCGACCAUAUGGAAUCAGAGGAUCUAUCAAGCUUCCGUCUCGUAUGCCAUGACUUUUCUGCCAAAGCAGCGCCCCGGUUGUUCGAAAAGAUGACUGUUACAUUCAAAACAUCUACAUUUUCCAAGCCUGCGCGAAUUGAUGCGCUGUCGAGGAUAGGCCGCCACGUCAAGACCUUCACCUUCCACAUGCCCCACGGACCAGAAACAUGCCUUCCACCCAUCAUCGACCCCUUGACCGGCGCAGAGCAACAGUUCAUCUACGAGCCCCAAGUUCAACUCCCCCAACAUGGACCUGCAAAGGACAAGGCGCCAAAGUACGGUAGCUGGGAAAUGCAAGACCUACUCAUCAAACAAUACCCACCCCUGUUCCACGCCGCCACAAACGUCCCCGCCUUCUGCGCCGCCUUCUCCCAAAUGAUUAAUCUUACACAUCUUAAAAUCUCUUGUCCCGGAUCCAACAGCCCACGCCAUCGCCGUGGUGUUGUAGACUACGCCCUAAUCUCGCUCCGCAUCGCCAUCGAGCGUGCCCCCUUGUACAGUCUCUCAGCCCUAUCCCUCCACCCCAUCCACCCGUGCGGCCUCCUCUACCUGCACCCCCUGCACAACUUCGGCAGCACACCUUCAUCAGCCAAGCGCUGGAGCCAAAUCCGCCAUCUAUCAAUCUGCAUGGAAAACAUUCCCUCGUCCCCGCGGUCUCGCAGCAGCCACUCUACAGAACACCUCCGCGUCCUACACGCCUACCUCUCCACUCUCUCCCGUAGUCUGACCCGUCUUUUCUUCCGGUGGAAAGGGUCGCGUGGUCCUUGUCCGUUGAGUCUGGAUCGUGAACCUUGUUUGUCGGGGCAGUCCAGCAAAGCCAACUAUGCGGAUGAGAGUAAUAUUCACCCCUCCCAACGAGUAGGAGGAGCAGGAGGUGGUCCCACACCACUAUCUUUCCCCCGCCUUCGCACCCUAGCUCUCGAAAACGCAAUCAUGGAUUCCUCACAGAUUGCGGAUUUCAUCACACGACAUAAGCGGUCGCUUCGCGAGUUCAACUUUGAAGACGUCAAACUGAGGGAGGGCGAUUGGGACAAGGCGCUUGAGCCGCUGACUACGAUUACUGGGAAUGAUAGCUGGAAACAGUAUCAAGAGGUUGAGAGUAUGGAUGUGCCGGUUAUGUUGAGUCCGGUUGAGAUUGCUCCGCCGCCGAGGGAAAUGGCAAUGCCGAGGGAGAGGGAAGUAAGGAGCGAUGUCAGGAUCAUGGGUCCGCUUAUGGAGGAGGUGCAGGAGGCGAUUGAGGAGGUGGGUGAAGUGAGAGAUCGGCUUGCCGUCAGGCGAGGAUGGGUGCCGCCAGACUGUCGGGAGGCUGUCACAGGAAAGAACAAAGACAAGAGCCUCGCUGAGACACGGGAUAAAUCAAAGGGCACUGUUGAGUCUAUUUGGAAACAGCUGUACGGCAUGAACUCAUACAUCCGCAACUUGGUGCCAGGCGAAGUUUCACACGAGGACUGUGUCGUGAAAGUCACCAACUGGAACUUGGCAGCACGCAUGCUCGGAGAAGCACCUACAAACGAGACCCCUCAAGAGCAAGAGUCCCAGAAGGCAAAGUUCGCAAUUGCGGCCCAAAAAGCAACACUGGAGUCCACGGCGGUAGGCCGAAAGGCGAGCAAAGGUGACCGUGCUUGGGCAGGAAAACGGGCACAGUUCUUUAGGAAACGCCAAGAAGAACGAAUCGAGCCUCUUCUGUUUGACGCAAAACUUGUCAGCGCAGCUCAUACACGAGCUGCCAUACUCCUGCCAUUGUUUAUCCGCGCAAAGGCCAAGAGGGCUCCAGUUUUGCAGAGAUGUCAAACAGAGCAAGUCAAGGCUGGCUUUGAUUCUUAUCGAUUGCAGAUCACAGACCAUUCUCUGGGACGUGCCACUUUUUGGAGUGAGAGAAUCAGCGGUGCUGACUUUAUCCCGUCGUUCUUCAUGCACAUUGACGCCUUCGUGGAUGUAGUUGCUCUCAUGGACAACACGCAGUUGAUGAAGAUAUGGAAUUGGCGUAUGCUGAUUACUUGCGAUCUCAUCCGUCGUUAUAUUGUUGCGAGGGAUUAUCUCCAACAUUUCGUGCAGCGCCAGCUUGCUUCGUUCGCAAUUCGCUCCUAUGCCGUCGUAUCUUCUAAAGAGAUAGAGGUCAAGAAGGUCAUCUUCCAUCUCAGCCAAAUGUCGGAGGACGAACCGGACUGGUCAUCUGAAGCCUCGCCUUCAGAGGAUGGAGAAGAUGGUGACGAUGGUGGUGAGAAAGCAUUGGCGCAGGCUAGCUGUAGAGGAGCGAAUACUUACGCGUCAAAACUCGGUUCCAACUCUCACCAUUCAAUCUUCUACUCCUUCAUCUCAUUCUACUCUCUGCCAGCUUCAGCAGACGGCGAUGGACGAUUCACUCCACGAAGUGAUUGCCAGAGAGGGAUUUCCCGUCCUGGGAGUCGAUGCAUCUGCAACGGAGCUGAAGGUGGCCCGACGAGACUGGACGAACAAGAUGCAUACUUCGAAAGGUCGAAACUCUCGAAAGAAAUUCAGACAAAUUUUACGGAUCUCGCUGACAAAGGAUACACCCGCUGUGAAACUAGCAUCAUCGCCGUUGCAGAGAUCCCAAAGGACGGUCUUGACUUCAUGUUCCUUCGCGCUUACAUCUUGAUCUUGGGUGCCACACUCACUGUCAAGCUAUGGUUCUUCAAGACAGCCACGUAUGGCAUAGGGUCUAACGAUUCACUUUGGAACCAAGCGGAGGUUGUCCAUGCAGGCAUAUACAGCUAUGCACAGAAGUGGCUGCACCAAAGGAUAAAGCACUCUGAGGCAGAUACAAGAUGGACAGUGAUAGAGAUGGGUAUCAAGAAGGCACCCGCGGAAAUCGACAAGGGAGGAUGA